AUGGGGGUGAAGACGGUGUUAUGCGUUGCGGAAAAGCCAUCGAUUGCGAAAGCAAUUGCAAACCACUUGGGCGAUCGAGUGAUUACCCAUAACAUCCAAGGCAAUCCGUAUGUGAAGAACUACGAAUUCGACUACACCUUUCCGCAAUGGGGUCAUUGCAGUGUCACGAUGACCUCUGUGCUCGGCCACCUCCUUAGCCACGAGUUUGAGCCGCGAUACAAGAGCUGGACUUCAUGCGACCCAUCUGCGCUUUUUGACGCUCGCAUCGAGGUUUUCGUUGGUAGCAACAGCGAGCCUAUCGCGGACAACAUCAAGCAUCACGCUCGCCGGGCCGACGUGCUCUUUAUCUGGACCGAUUGCGACCGCGAAGGUGAGCAUAUAGGUACCGAGAUUCGGUCGGUGGCAGCACAAAGCAACCAGGCUCUGGGUCGCGCUGGUGGCACAGUAAGAGCACAUUUCUCCAAUAUCGAAAGAACGCAUAUCAUCCACGCCGCUCAUCGUCCCGCCGAUCUCGACGAAGCGCAAGCCAACGCAGUAGCUGCACGUAUCGAGCUCGAUCUUCGUGUGGGCGCAAGUUUCACCCGGCACCUCACUCUGAGCCUUUGUCCUGUACUCCAGCGAGGCAAUCUGUCAGAAGCCUCUCAAUUAAUCAGCUACGGGAGCUGUCAGUUUCCUACGCUUGGCUUCAUCGUCGAGCGCUACUGGCGCGUUCGGAAAUUCAUCCCGGAACCAUUCUGGAGCAUCAAAUUGAUGCAUCAAAAAGCUGGAACAAGGGUGCACUUUAGUUGGGCUCGUAAAAAUUUCUUUGACAAAAGGACAACUGUUAUUCUCUAUGAGCGGUGUCUCACUUCGCAGAAUGCUCAGGUCCAAAAGGUCAAAACCACGCCGACGAGCAAGUGGAAACCCUUACCGUUGACUACUCUAGAGCUUCAGAAGUGCGGUAGCAGAUUUUUCGGAAUGGACAGUCAAAAGGUUCUGCAGCUUGCAGAAAAGCUAUAUCAAAAAGGUUGGAUUAGCUAUCCUCGAACCGAGACAGAUCAGUUCGAUCAGGGUAUGGACCUUCGCGGACUCGUCCAGAAGCAGGCGCAGGGCGGCCGCUGGGCGGAUUAUGCAACGGCGCUGGUCGAAGGAGGCUUUUCGUGGCCCCGUAACGGACAUAAUAAUGAUAAGGCCCACCCGCCUAUCCACCCGGUCAAUUUCGUCAAUCCAACUACGCUCUCACAUGAAGAGCAACGUGUUCAUGAGUUCGUCGUCCGGCGCUUUCUGGCAUGCUGCAGCAAAGAUGCCCAGGGGUUAAAGACCGACAUUAGUAUUCUCUAUGGACCGGAAACAUUCCAUGCAUCUGGCCUUAUAAUAUUAGAGCGCAACUAUCUCGAUGUUUACGUUUACGAUCGGUGGACCAACCAAGAACUUCCCCCGUUCGUCGAAGGUGAGGUCUUCGAGCCGACCGAAGCCAUUCUCGGUGAAGGUAAGACGUCACCACCUGGAUAUCUAACUGAACCAGAUCUGCUUGCACUAAUGAACGCGAAUGGUAUCGGCACUGAUGCCACCAUGGCCGACCAUAUUGCCACAAUUAUAAACCGACAAUACGUCGAAGCCAGAGCUCAGCCAAGGCAGGCGCGGCAUGGAAAUGACGAAGAGUCCGAGGAGUUGCCAGGCGGAACUGGUCGUAGAGGUAGAACUGCAGUAGCCCCUCGUCGUGGCGGCAGGAAUAGCGGUGCUGGCCGCGGUGGCGCUAUCACAGGUGUUCGGGAGUUCAUACCCACGACUCUUGGGGUCGCUUUGGUUGAGGGCCACGAGAAUAUGGGGUUCGAGACUAAUUUGACGAAGCCGUUUUUACGCAAGGAGAUGGAGCUAAAGAUGAACGCUAUAUGCAAUGGACAAACGACUAAGACUCGGGUCGUUAACGAAAUUAUCGAGCAGUAUCGAGGGGUCUAUGCUCGCAUGCAGCAACACCCGGACGUCCUUCGUACGGCCGUUCGGAAGUAUGUUUUCGUUGAAAUGAACUGA